UAAACACAAUAUCAAGACCAUACACUCUUGUGUGACUCUCUCUACAUACCUUCUCUCUAUCUAUUUUUCUCUCAUGGCAGAAGAAAAAUUAGCCAGUAAUAAUGGUGUUCAUAGCCAACCUCAGAUAGCUAGUAUUCGAGAUUUCGAUCCUCCAAAGAAACCAAAAACAAACAAAUAUGCAAUAGCUUGUUCUUUCUUAGCUUCUUUGGCUUCAAUCUUGCUUGGUUAUGAUAUUGGAGUAAUGAGUGGAGCCAUCAUCUACAUUCAGAAAGACCUCCAUAUCACCGAUAUCCAAGUGGAGAUUCUGGUAGGAAUCCUCAAUGUCUACUCUCUCUUUGGUUCUGCCGCCGCCGGCCGUACAUCCGACUGGAUUGGUCGCCGGUACACUAUGGUGGUGGCCGCCGCAAUCUUCUUCGCCGGAGCUCUUCUGAUGGGUUUUGCUACCACAUAUGCAUUUCUCAUGGUGGGUCGAUUCGUCGCCGGAGUCGGAGUCGGGUACGCUCUCAUGGUUGCUCCGGUUUACACAGCCGAAGUUUCGCCGGCGUCUUCCCGCGGUUUUCUUACGUCAUUCCCGGAAGUUUUCAUUAAUGGAGGUAUAUUGCUGGGAUAUGUAUCAAACUUCGCGUUUUCAAGACUUCCAACUCACUUGAGUUGGCGAUUCAUGCUUGGAAUUGGAGCAGUCCCGUCAGUAUUCUUAGCCGUAAGUGUACUCGCCAUGCCUGAGUCACCUCGUUGGCUCGUAAUGCAGGGUCGACUCGGCGAUGCAAGGCGAGUUCUGAACAAAACUUCUGAUUCUUUAGAAGAAGCUCAGCUAAGACUCGCCGAUAUCAAAGAAGCCGCCGGCCUACCGGAACACUGCAACGACGACAUAGUUGAAGUACCCAAACGCCCUAAAGGCGACAACGUAUGGCGGGAAUUGAUCUUCUCACCAACGCCGGCCGUCCGUCACAUACUACUCACCGGCGUCGGAAUUCAUUUUUUUCAGCAAGCAAGUGGAAUCGACGCCGUCGUUUUGUAUAGUCCGAGAAUUUUUGAAAAAGCAGGGAUUAAAUCCGAUCACGACAAGUUGCUCGCCACUGUAGCCGUUGGAUUUGUUAAAACAAUUUUCAUACUUGUAGCCACAUUCAUGCUCGACAAAUCCGGCCGGCGGCCGUUGCUGUUAACCAGUGUCGCCGGAAUGGUGCUGUCGUUGAUGCUACUCGCCACCGGCCUUACAAUCAUUGACCAAUCGGAGCAAAAAGUAGUUUGGGCUAUUGCACUUAGUAUAACAAUGGUGUUGGCUUACGUGGCACUUUUCUCAAUCGGGAUGGGUCCAAUAACGUGGGUUUACAGUUCGGAGAUUUUCCCCUUGAGGCUACGGGCAACUGGGUGCAGUAUAGGGGUGGCGGUAAACAGGGUAACAAGUGGAGUAGUGUCAAUGACGUUUUUGUCCCUGGAAAAGGCGAUAACAAUUGGCGGUGCGUUCUUUUUGUACGCCGGAUUAGCGGCGGUGGCGUUUGUGUUUUUCUUCACCUUGAUGCCGGAAACACAAGGGAAGACUCUAGAAGAAAUGGAGGCAUUGUUUGGAACUUUCUGGAACUGGAGGAAAACGGCAAGAGAGCUGAAAGAAGCGAAGAUAACGGAGAAGACGGAGAAGAACAGUAACGAUAACGGCCAAAUUCAGAUGGGUAUUGCACCAGCUAUUAGCAGUUAAAGUGGCUGAUAUUGUUUAUAUGGGUAAAUUGGGAAAAGAAAAUUGUAUUAUUUUGAUAAAAGAAGAUAUCAGAGAUAGAGAGCAUUAUAUGAAAGGAGACAGCAAUUUCCCAAUUUCAUGCAUUAAUGCAAGUUAUGUAAAUCCGAAAGUCCUACUGUUCCACAUAAUGCUCUUUAAUCAUUAAUACGUAUGAAAAAAUCGCAGGUCCUAAUACUAAGUCAAUCUUUGUGA